ACCGGGGAAAGUAUAUCUCUGGAUGAUGAAGACGAGAUUUCUGGAUUGGUAUUUGAAGAUCGCGAUUGGAUCGGCUAUUAUCGGCGGAGGCAUGGAAUUCUUCAUGAUCAAGACUGGUUUCUACGACAAGGUUACUGUAAUAGAAGCAGAGAGACGGGCGUUGGAAAAUUCUCCUGAAGCUCAAGCCAUGAGAGAAGCUCUUAAUCCUUGGAGGAACAAGGACGCAGAAACAAGCAAAACCCCAUAAAUCAAUCAAGGAGCUCUUUAAUUCUCGUUAAGUUCAUUUCACUCUCAAAGCUUUUGCAAAUGCUGCUUCACUUUCUUUCUGUUUGAGACUUCAAAAUUUCAUUUUUGCCAAAUGCUAAGUGCAGCAUCGGUAUGUUUAUGUGUGUUUGAACUAUAAACCCACUAUUGUAACAUGUUACAAUGAUAUGACAGAUAAUGUGUUGCUGUUCAGGCAAAUGUUUUAGUACAAAGAGCAGAGACAUGUUUGAGUUUUGGACUUGAUAAGUAACCAUACAUGUUGUAUUCAUGUUAUAAAACAGCUUGUGUUCUCUCCAUUCGUAUAUUGGCUUCCUGAUGCUUCUCAAUGGGUUCUCAUUGAGCCAUUAGAACCUCAAGUGUUGGCUGCAAUAUUAUCCAAGCUGGGGGAGUUAAGUCUGUGUUAUUGAAUCAAGUAAAAAGUUGACC